AUGGCAACUUCCUCGACAUCUCCCGACACAUCAACUACAGCAACAUUCGUCACGACUCGGGAUGAGAUCCAAGAAGCUGCGCAACGAAGCUCAUUUGGAUCAUCAUCUCCGAGAGGAAUCAUAGAUUUCUUGGACGAUGAAGCGGAAGCUAACCAGUACUUCAUUCUACAACGUCUGAAUGGAUCCAUCAAUCAUUUUUCAAUCACCACAGGAACACCAGAAGCUCUACUGACGUCGCCGUCAAGCCAUCUUCCUGUUCCAAUCGUACGAUUGACACCGAGACACGAUUGUGUAAAUUCGCUUUGGAAUCAUUCGAAUGCUGGGAAUGGUGUCCCUUCCCGGACCCAAGUGUCGCCAAGACAACAAGCAACCACUCCCCAACAUCUCACUCCUCCUCAGCCCACCCUAGAGUUUUCAGCGGGAGGGAUUCCAAGCAAUCUUUUGCUUCCACUAGACUUUUGA